AUGUUUGGCGAUGAUGCUCAACAUUCCUGGCCCCGGUGGGGGGAGUAUGACAUCCUUGAGUCCAUCCACAUGGAAAACUUUGCCACAACGACGUUGCACACUCGAGCGAGCUGUGACCAGCGCUGGGUCAACAACGGCAUCGACUUCGUGGGCCAAGGGUGGGCUUCUGGAACGCUUGGGACCAACAAAGCGAAAAACUGCUGGGUGAAAGCCCCCCAGGAGUACAACAACCAGGGCUGUGGACAGAAGUUGCCGGCGGGAUCUUUCGGUCCCGACUUCAACAAGAACCAAGGUGGAACCUUCGUCGCAGAAUGGGACCGGACGGUUCGGAAGUUCAUGCGGACGUGGUUCUUCCCCGCGGGUAAGGAACCAAUCGACUUGGUGGCAAGCAGUCCGCAGCCAGACAUGUGGGGCACGCCGAACUCAUUCUUCACACUGAAUGAACGAUGGUGCACCGCGGACCACUUCAAGAAUAUGCGCAUGGUGUUCGACACCACCUUCUGUGGCGACUAG